UGACGGCGGCCAUCAUGGCGGUGUGUGGCGCGGUGGCUGCAGCGGCUGCAGGCGGAGGGAGGCGCUGGUACUUCAGUCGGGAGCAGCUUGCGCGGAGUCCUUCCCGUCGCGCGGGGAUCGAUCCGGAUAAGGAGCUGUCAUACCGGCAGCAGGCGGCUAAUCUGCUUCAGGAUAUGGGCCAGCGCCUCAAUGUUUCUCAACUGACUAUCAAUACUGCUAUCGUCUAUAUGCAUCGAUUCUACAUGGUUCAGUCCUUUACCCAGUUUCAUCGGAAUUCUGUGGCGCCAGCUGCCCUUUUCUUGGCAGCCAAGGUGGAGGAACAGCCUCGAAAACUGGAGCAUGUCAUCAAGGUUGCUCAUGCCUGUUUGCAUCCUCAAGAGGCUCUUCCAGAUACACGGAGUGAGGCUUACCUGCAACAAGCCCAAGACCUGGUCAUUCUAGAGAGCAUAAUACUGCAGACCCUGGGAUUUGAAAUUACCAUCGAUCAUCCCCAUACACAUGUGGUGAAAUGUACUCAGCUUGUGCGAGCCAGCAAAGAUCUGGCACAGACUUCUUACUUCAUGGCUACCAACAGCCUUCACCUAACCACCUUCAGCCUGCAGUACACCCCUCCCGUUGUGGCCUGCGUCUGCAUCCACCUGGCCUGUAAGUGGUCCAACUGGGAGAUCCCAGUCUCCACCGACGGGAAGCACUGGUGGGAAUACGUUGAUGGCACUGUAACUCUGGAACUUUUGGAUGAGCUAACACAUGAAUUCCUGCAGAUCCUUGAAAAAACUCCUAAUCGGCUGAAACGAAUCAGGAACUGGCGGGCAAUCCAGGCAGCCAGGAAAUCAAAGACUGAUGAGCAGGGUGAUGAUGAUUGUCUCUCGGAACAGACAAUCCUCAGCAUGAUCUCCAGAAGCUCCUCUGACACAACCAUUGCGGGUCUGAUGAGCUUGUCAACUUCCUCAACUGCAGGAACUGUGGCUUCACUCCCAGCUACCACAGGUGACUCCCCAGGAGAUCUGUGCGGUGCAGAAGUGUCAGACAGCUGGAUGGUUCCAGUCAAACUAGAGGCUGGCCAUAGGCCUAAUGAAACCUCUCUCACUUCAGAUCAUCCACAUCAUGACAGCAGUAGAGGCUCCUUCUCAAAGCAGAGCACUAAGAGUGCAACACUAGCAAAGGUGUCAUUAAAGGAGUACCGUGCCAAGCACGCCGAGGAGCUGGCUGCCCAGAAACGUGAGUUGGAAAACAUGGAGGCUAACGUACGCUCUCAGUAUGCUUACGCUGCUCAGAACCUGCUCAUGCAGCAGCAGCAGGAGCGGGAUGUUCAGCAAGAAAGCAACCCAUCUCCCAUCAUCCUGAAAAUCCCCUUGAGCAGCAGCGUUGAUGGUUCGGAACGGCCCCCUGCUGAGAAGGCUGACAAGUCCUCCUCUGCCCUCAAAGUGCGCCUCCCUGUUUCAGGGGACAAAGCUGUCCUUCCUUCCUCCAAGCCUGAAGAAAUAAAAGUACGCAUUAAGGUGCCAACUACCUCGGAACGGCACAGUUCAUCUGAUGAGAGUAGUGGUAAAAGCCGGGGCGAGCAUAGGGAAAAACACAAGGGCCACUCAUCCAACCAUCACCACCAUCAUCACAAUCAUCACUCUCACAAACAUUUGCACACGCAGCAAGUUGGAAGCACCAAGCGACCAGGAGAUUCUAAGCAUGGCAGCCAGAGUGGCAUGGCACCCCACAAAGGUUACGUCCCAACUUGUUCCUCCCGUAAGAGACCCCUGGCUGAGGAGACAUCAACUAUAGCACAUGAACACCAGCCCAAAAUCAGCAAGAGUUCAAAAGGGCCGGCCAUGUCAUUCCCUUUCCCUCAGCACCCUGGACAUAGCUUGGAUGCAGCCAGUUUGUCUUUUGCCCAGGGCAGCAAAGCCAGAGCAGCUCAUGGAAAAUUGGACAAGAGCACAGUGGGGGCCAAUGGGCAUAACAUGAACCAGACCAUUGACUACCAGGAUACAGUGAACAUGCUGCACUCCCUGCUCAGUGCGCAGGGCAUGCAACCCACCCAGCCGCCCACUUUUGACUUUGUGCACUCAUACGGCGAGUACUUGAACCCCAGGGCUGCUGCCAGUGUAGAUAAACCACGGCCACCCCCUCUGCCCUCAGAACCGCCCCCUCCCCUGCCGCCUCUCCCUAAGUGAUGACCGUUUUAACUACUGAAGUUGGGUUGUCUUCUGCAGAGGACAAGCGGUUCAGUCAUCUCCACUGCCUUGUGUGAAUGCUCUUUAUCC